AUGAAGAAGUUCUCGAUCUUCAGCCUGGCGCGCAACGCGCUGAGCCACCACGAGCACUGGCCGGAGCAGUGGCGGAGCCCCGCGCCGAAGCCGGCCUACGAUGUCGUCAUCAUCGGCGCCGGCGGUCAUGGCUUGGCCACCGCCUACUACCUCGCCAGCCUCCACGGCAUCACCGAUGUCGCGGUGCUGGAGAAGGGCUGGCUCGGCGGCGGCAACACCGGGCGCAACACCACGGUGAUCCGCUCCAACUAUCUGUGGGACGAGAGCGCCGCGCUCUACGAGCAUUCGCUGAAGCUCUGGGAGGGGCUGGCGCAGGAGCUCAACUACAACCUGAUGUUCAGCCAGCGCGGCGUGCUGAACCUGAUCCACAACGUCCACGACCUGCAGGAGGCGACCCGGCGGGUCAACGCCAACCGGCUCAACGCGGUCGACGGCGAGCUCUUGUCCAUGGAAGAGGUCAAGGCCUUCUGCCCGAUCCUCAACACCUCGACGAACACGCGCUACCCGAUCAUGGGCGGCACCUGCAGCGGCGGGGCGGCAACGCGCGCCAUGACGCCGUCGCCUGGGGCUUUGCGCGGGCGGCGGACGCGCGCGGCGUGGACAUCAUCCAGAAUUGCGAGCCGGGUGCGCAUGAUGCGCUCCUGGGCCGGCAUCGUGGAUGUCUGCCCCGACGCCUCACCCGUCAUCGGCAAGACGCCCGUGGACGGGCUCUUCAUCAACGGCGGCUGGGGCACAGGCGGCUUCAAGGCGACGCCGGGCUCCGGCUGGGUGUUGGCGCAUACCAUCGCGACCGGCGAGCCGCACCCGCUCAACGCGCCCUUCGCCCUCGACCGCUUCACCUCGGGCGCGCUGAUCGACGAGCACGCGGCGGCGGCCGUGGCGCACUAG